CCGCGAGAAAAAAACGAUAUAAAUAUACUUUCUGACGCUUGAUUUUACAGUAAAAACGAUAACUGGAGUAACAAGGCGAAGACUUUGGAACGGCUUCCAUGGGAAAUGUUUGUAAUGAUCAUCCUGGACCAAAACUAAAAAGGCAGUUAGAGAGAUAUGAAGAAAUUAGGGAGGGUAAGAAAUAACGGAAACGAACACAACCAAACUGGGACAAUAACAGUAACCGUCUAUAUAUGUCUGUCUGGAGCUGUCGCUGUAUUUAUGAGCCCUGAGCAGUGCGGUCUGGAGAGGCUGUGCUUUCUGCAGUUAGCCGAGAAGCUAACGGUUCAGCUCGGGUCAUUCAUCGUUGCGAGACGCUACCGCUGCAAACAACACGCCUGCGCCGUUUAAUCAUUCUCAUUCACCGAUAAUGUAGCACUUUACCGGUAAAUGAUCGGGUAAAUAUGUAUUUAGGCAUGGUAAACAUUUAAGCACUAAUAUAUUCUUAUUUAAAAGAACAAAACGGGUCAUUCUCAAGGCCACGGAUGGAACCGGGGCCUCAGCGUGAGAACCCCCCCGGGUCCGGGGAGCCUGAGUCCGGGGAGUGGAGUGAGCAGAGCGCCGCGGUGGACAGCGGGGAGAGGGAUGACACCCUGAAAAACAGAAGCGGGGAUGGAGGAAACGAGGAAAUCACGAGCAAAACCGAGAACACCGUGGUGGCGGAGAAAGAUAAGGCUGAGUUUGAUGAAGAUGAGGAGCAAUAUGAGGAAGAGCUGGACCCCAGGAUUCAGGAGGAGCUGGAGCACUUGAAUCAGGCCAGUGAUGAGAUCAACCGAGUCGAACUACAGCUGGAUGAAGCGAGAUCCAGCUACAGGAGGAUCCUUACAGACUCGGCACGCAAACUCAACGCUCAGGGCUCUCAGCUGGGAGCCUGCAUUGAGAAAGCCAGACCUUAUUACGAAGCCCGUAGGCUUGCUAAAGAGGCUCAACAGGAGACCCAGAAGGCAGCGCUGAGGUACGAGAGGGCUGUCUCCAUGCACACGGCUGCCAGAGAGAUGGUUUACGUGGCUGAGCAAGGUUUAUUGGCUGACAGGAACACAUUGGACCCUACCUGGCAAGAGAUGCUAAACCAUGCCACAGCAAAGGUGAACGAGGCAGAAGAGGAGCGUUUGAGGAGCGAGAGGGAGCACCAGCGUGUCACUCAACUUUGUCAGGAAGCAGAAGCACGUGUGCAGACUUUGCAGAAGGCUCUUAAGAGGGUCAUUAUCAAGUCCAAGCCUUAUUUUGAGCUCAAGGCUCAGUUCAACCACAUCUUAGAGGAGCACAAGUCCAAAGUCGUCCUGCUGGAGGAACGAGUGGCGAAGGUGAAAACCCGAUAUUCUGUCGCCCUACGCAACCUUGAGCAAAUCAGCGAGCACAUCCAUGCGCAAAGAGGGCGCAUUCGUGCUGCCAAAGAGCGAAACCGAGCCCGUGGGGGGCGGAGCUCUCCAGUGGGGGCAGAGUCUGAGGGUGUAAUCCAGGCAGGGGCGUAUGGAGGGGUGGUGGCCAAUCCCUUAAUGGAUAAUGACUGGGCCGAUCAGGAGAAAACCAGGCAGUGGGUGGAGAAACACAGGGAGGCAGGGUGGGGCCAGAGAGAGAGGGCAGAGAAGGCGGCGUCAGACUCCAUGUCAGUCUUCAGCCUGCAGACCAUCGCCUCCGACCUGGAGAAGUUCGAUUCUGUGGAGCACUUGGGCAAUCUUAGUGACAUCGGAAGUAUAAUAGGUGAGGAGAAAGAGGCAGAGAGCGAAAGAGGAUUUAGGGUCAAUGAUAGAAUAGUAGAGAGAGAGGUGUUGAACCUCUCGAGACAGGUCACAGAGAACGGUGCCUCAGGGACGGACAGACAGCAGAGAGAUAGAGAGCGAGAGAGCUUUGUGAAGCAGCACCACAGAAGUGUUAGUUUGUGAGGAAACAAGAAAUUAGAGUUGCCUGUUACUCCACUCCAUUGUUGGAGGGCUAAAGCUUGCCUGCAGGCUUCAAGGAGAGACUCUCAACUGACUACAAGUGAAUCAGACUGAAAACACUGCAUUCUCUUAAAGGGAUAGUUUAGCCAAAAAUGAAAAUUCUGUCACUCACCCUUAUGUUGUUCUAAACCCGUAAGACCUUUGUUGAUCUUUGGAACACAAAUUAGGAUUUUUUUUUGAUGAAAUCUGAGAGCUUUCUGACCCUCCAACGAAACUGAAAUUUUAGUCCCAGAAAGGUCAUUGUAAAAAUAGUCCAUGUGACAUCAGUGGUUCAUCCACAAUUUACAAUGCUACGAGAAUACUUUUUGUGUGCAAAGAAAACAAAAGUAACUCUGAGUUACCGUCAUCUGGCUUUUAUCGAAAGUACCAUGAUGCGUGAGUGUGCGUUCCUCUGCACGUGAUUAACGCAUGUGGUACUCUCUAUAAUGGCAGAAGAUAGUAACUCGGGGGAGAAGAAUUGUUAAAUAAAGUCAUUGUUUUGUUUUCUUUGUGCACAAAAACUAUUCUCAUAGACUCGUAAAACUGAAGUCAAGCCACUGAUGUCACAUGGACUGUUUUUUAUCGAUGUCCUUACUACAUUUCUGGGUCUAAGAACAUUUCAGUUGUGUUGCUGUCUAUGCAGGGUCAGAAAGCUCUCGGAUUUCAUCAAAAAUAUCUUAAUUUGUGUUCUGAAGAUAAAAUAAGGUCUUACAGGUUUGUAAUGACAUGAGGAUGAGUAAUUAACAGAUUUUUCAUUUUUUUGGUGAAUAAUCCUUGUAAAGGUGAAGUGUGUAAUUUCUGUGCCCAUGUGGCACUUAAUGGAAUUGCAAAAACAUACAGGUUUCCCAAAAUACUUUCUGUCAUUGGUUAGACAAUCUGCCCCCAAACUUAUGGCCAGUGCUGCCACAUCAGGCUUGUCUGGAUUCUCUGGGGGAAGUUGUGGCCUAGUGGUUAAAGAGUUUGACUCCUAACCCUAGGGUUGUGGGUUCGAAUCCCAGGCCGGCAAUACCAUGACUUAGGUGCCC